CCGCCGCCGCCAUGGCGACACGCUCCUGUAGGGAGAAGGCUCAGAAGCUGAACGAGCAGCACCAGCUCAUCCUGUCCAAACUGCUGAGGGAGGAGGACAACAAGUACUGCGCCGACUGCGAGGCCAAAGGUCCCCGGUGGGCUUCCUGGAAUAUUGGUGUGUUUAUUUGCAUCAGAUGUGCUGGAAUUCAUAGAAAUCUUGGGGUUCAUAUAUCCAGGGUCAAGUCAGUCAACCUAGACCAAUGGACACCAGAACAGAUACAGUGCAUGCAAGAUAUGGGAAAUACUAAAGCAAGACUACUUUAUGAAGCCAAUCUUCCAGAGAACUUUCGAAGACCACAGACAGAUCAAGCAGUAGAAUUUUUCAUCAGAGAUAAAUAUGAAAAGAAGAAAUACUAUGAUAAAAAUGCUAUAGCUAUUACAAACAUUUCCUCCUCUGAUGCCCCUCUUCAGCCUUUGGUAUCCUCUCCUUCUCUGCAGGCUGCUGUUGAUAAAAAUAAAGUAGAGAAAGAAAAGGAAAAAAAAAAGGAAGAGAAAAAGAGAGAAAAGGAGCCAGAAAAGCCUGCCAAACCACUAACAACUGAAAAGCUGCAGAAGAAAGAAGAUCAGCAACUUGAGCCUAAGAAAAGCACCAGCCCGAAAAAUACUGCAGAGCCCACUGUUGAUCUUUUAGGACUUGAUGGUCCUGCUGAGGCGCUAGUGACCAAUGGGAACACAACCACAGUGCCAUCCUUGAAUGAUGAUCUGGACAUUUUUGGACCAAUGAUUUCUAAUCCUUUACCUGCAACUAUCAUGCCCCCAGCUCAGGGCACAGCAUCUGUACCAGCAGCUCCUACCCUAUCUACCGUAACAUCUGGGGAUCUGGAUCUGUUCACCGAGCAAACUACAAAGUCAGAAGAAGUAGCAAAGAAACAACUCUCCAAAGAUUCCAUCUUAUCUCUGUAUGGUACUGGAGCACAGCAAAGCCCUGCUGGUGUGUUUAUGGGACCCACAAAUAUACCAUUUACCUCACAAGCAGCGACUGCAUUUCAAGGUUUUCCUUCCAUGGGUGUACCAGUGCCUGCGGCUCCUGGCCUUAUAGGAAAUAUGAUGGGACAGAAUACAAGCAUGAUGGUGGGCAUGCCCAUGCCCAAUGGGUUUAUGGGAAACACACAGACUGGAGUGAUGCCACUUCCUCAGAAUGUUGUUGGCCCUCAGGGAGCAUUGGUGGGACAAAUGAGUGCACCACAGAGUAAGUUCGGCCUGCCACAAGCUCAGCAGCCUCAGUGGAACCUCUCACAGAUGAAUCAACAAAUGGCUGGCAUGAGCCUCAGUAGUGCAAACCCUGUUGCAGGUUUUGGCCAGCCCCCUAGCACAACAGCAGGAUGGUCUGGAAGCUCAUCGGGGCAGACUCUGAGCACACAGCUGUGGAAAUGAUAAGGUGCAGCCG